GCAUCGAUCGAUCUGACCUAAGCCUCGUCGCUCCAGAGCGCCGGAAAGCGCACGAGAAUGUAGGCCCUGCUGUCCAGACAGAGCCAGAGCUGGCUUGCGUCGCAGAAGCGCUUUCGGGGCUCUCGGGCCAGUGUUGUUGGCGCCGGGUCGAGCGAGGGAUCGAGGACAGAGGAAUUCGAAGAAGGCGCGUUCCGAACGCAGAGGAUUUCGUGGGGUUUUGGUGGGGAUGGUUUCCUGGACCUGGACCUGGAAACUUGGGGUUUUUGAGGCCAUCGGACAAUGAUCCAGGGUGCCGAGAGUGCAUCACCAUGGGACGAGGUGUUGGUGGUUGUGGCCCGUGGCGGCGUUUGCACGAACUCGGAGACAGGGUUCUGUCCGCGUGUGGCCAGGGUAGUGAGUCUGCUCGGGGUUUUAGUCGGAAAUCCGGGGAUGCUGCGGUCCUGAUUCGAGGCCUUAGUUCUUCCUGUCUGCAGCCGUCCUCUGUGGCAGGCGUGAAAGUUGACCUGGGAAAGGUUAUUUCCAUUCAUGUUCCGGUUGUCCCCAAGACUUCAUGUUCCCGUAAUUGCUUUACAACUUUGGCUCAUCCGCAACAUCUGGUUUUUGAAGAUUCAGUUCGAGGCUUGACGAAAGAUUUUAUCGGAAAUGGGAGUUCUCAAGGAAAUUGGAGUUUGGAAAUUUGGUCCAAUUCGAAGAGGCGAUCGAGCGGCCAUCUCGUCCGGUGUAUUGUGCGUCCCAUGUCUAGUGUUUGCCACCCUCCAAAUGAGCAGCUCCCGAUCGUGGAACAGGAACCCUUCCCAGUCUUUUCUUCUCAAAAAUUCACACAAAGUGCCUCACGAAUGGUUUCAAGCGGAAACUUUCGAAGAGAGUCAGGGUUUGAUAUGGGCACUGCGUCGCGGUCACAGAAAUUACCGGUGACCUCUGCAUUCGAGUCGUUCAGGAGUAAUGCUCCGCUGGGCUUGAAAAUGGUGGAAGCUACGGCAACUAGUUCGUCAUUGGCAGGGGCAGGAGAAGCAGUUGAUUGGCAGCAUCAGCGGAUUCGGGUGAGAGAGUACGACUCUCGUGACAAUCGGCCCAGAACUCAUCAGCCCUCUUCUCCUACGGAUGCUGAGCCCGAUGAUAUAUUUAUUCCUGUCAAAGCGUUCUAUAUCUCUCGAAGCGUGGACUUAAAGGCCUUGGCGAGAGAGCCUUUCUCAGAAGUCACCACUAGUCGGAACAAUCUUAUUAUUCGAUGCGCAGAUCGUCCUCCUCACUCUCCUGUCACCGCCGACAAUCCUGAAAUGGCUUGUCUUGGUUUCUUGAAAGAACGGUACAUGGUUGCGUUCCAAUAUGGAUCGGUCGUUUUCUUCAACUUCGGCGACCACGAAGAAGUGGAGUCUUUGGAUAUUGUCAGAAAAUACUGCAGUGACGAGUUCAGGGAAACAAGGAAAGAUGUCGCUAUAACCCUGAAAGCUGUGAUAAGCGGCUCUGGCCCGCCUGUGAAGAAAAGACUCAAGUAUCUGAACUACGGUGUGCUCGUCAGGCCUACUCUGCCCGAAUGGAGCGAGGGUGGACAUGAUCGGGUUAUGCUGAGGAAACUGGAUAUAGAUAACAUUCGAGUUAUCUCCAGUAUUCUUGGGCAAAGUAUUGCUUUGGAUCACUACGCCAAAAAGGUCGAUGAGAUGGUAACAACCUUCAGUGAGUUGAAUCGAGGGAUGGAGCAAACGGGGACCUUUACCAUGACUCGCAAGAGCCUGUUCCAGUUGGUUGCUGCUGCCAACACAACUCUGGCGGAUGUCAUUCUGCGUUUAGGUCUUCUAGAAAGGUCAGAUGCAGCAUGGAAGGAUGCAAAUUAUGCACAGAUCUGGGAGUACAUGCGUGACGAUUUCGAGCUCGAUGAGCGUUUUGAGAGUUUAGACUUCAAAUUGAAUAUUAUUCAGCAUAAUGUUAGGUUUUUCUUAGAGAUUCUUCAGAACAGAAAGUCCGAUACUUUGGAAUGGAUUAUUAUUCUUCUUAUUACUGGUGAGAUUUGCGUCUCCCUAUACGACAUUCUUCAUACAGCUGGAGCAAUCUAGCGAUUUUUUACAAAGAGUAUUCAAAUUCUCAUCGCUGGUGAGAGAUUUUUGCCCUCCGCCGUCCUAAGCUUACGGCCAAAGCAUUGUGAUGAGGAUAGAGAAAAGCGUAGGUCAUGAGUAGACAUUGCCAGGAACAAAUUUUGACAGGGUUAUGCCAAAAUUCCUACUUUUUGAGGUCACUGAGAUCUAUUUAUAGAUAUACAUGUGGGAAGCUUAAUGCCUUUUCCCUUGUCUAAGUCUAAUAUCUAAAGAUGAAGACAGAUGAGGCUAGAAAGUAUACUCAGCUUCGCAUAAUUAUUUGGAAACUUGUCAUUGCAACCAUGGAUCCAUCCAUCCAUCCAAAUAAAGAAAAAGAAACAGCCUGGUGUUUGAAGCGUGACUGUUUGUGAACUUUUGAGUUCCGGAUGCUGUCUCCCUUUCGUGGCUGGGGCUACAACUUCGGACAAAACUUUCUUUAAGGAAACGGGAAGUAGAUCGUUCCGGAAACACGAACUGACCUCACAAUUCACCAGUUCGCACAUGUUUGUACUUAAGUCACCUUCGAGUACAGAUCUCUUGUGUGCAUGUCCAUAUUGGCUAAUGUGUGCAUCUAGUCGAUUAUCUCGUCGAAAACCCCGAAGUGUACUGCAGCAUAGUCGGUUGGUCAAGAUUUCUCUUAGUUCACGGUCUUUCCAUGAGUUUCACGGGCCGUAUCUGAAUGCCAUGGAACGUUAUCUCACUCACACGCAAUCUUCUUGUCGAGGCUAGACAGAGCAAUGGCGAAUG